UGCCCUCGCCGCGAGGCCACCUCGGGAUCGAGUCAUGGAGGCUGCACUGCUGGCGGCGUGGCUGCUCCUGGCGGCCGCGGCCCGUGCGCAGCGGGAGCAGGACUUCUAUGACUUCAAGGCUGUCAACAUCCGGGGCAAGUUGGUGUCGCUGGAGAAGUACCGCGGGUCGGUGUCCCUGGUGGUGAACGUGGCCAGCGAGUGUGGCUUCACAGAGGAGCACUACCGGGCCCUGCAGCAGCUACAGCGGGACCUGGGGCCCCACCACUUCAAUGUGCUCGCCUUCCCCUGCAACCAGUUUGGCCAACAGGAGCCCGACAGCAACAAGGAGAUCGAGAGUUUUGCCCGCCGCACCUACAGCGUCUCCUUCCCCAUGUUUAGCAAGGUCGCAGUGACUGGCACUGGUGCCCAUCCAGCCUUCAAGUACCUGACCCAAACUUCUGGAAAGGAGCCCACUUGGAACUUCUGGAAGUACCUAGUGGCCCCAGAUGGAAAGGUGGUAGGGGCUUGGGACCCAACCGUGUCGGUGGAGGAGAUCAGACCCCAGAUCACGGCACUUGUGAGGAAGCUCAUCCUGAAGAAGCGCGAAGACUUAUAACCACUUUCCCUCCUCUCCCACUGACCCUUCCUCCCUGCCCCCUCACCUUCCAUGGGUUACCAAAGCAAAUUCAAAUGGUGCUUCAAAGGAAGAGACUAUGACUCUCCUUCAUCACACCCACCCCAUCACUCCUGUGGGGGGAGAAUUCUAGUAUUUUGAUCAUUUGAAUCUUCGAUCAACCUAUAGGAACUCCUAGCCCAUGACAGCUCUUGACCAAUGAAUCACCAGCCAGUAAGAACUUCUAGUCCAUGAAAACAUGUGGCAAAUAGAAGUAUAUCGAGCAAUAAUCUCCUGUCUAUUAAGAACUCGAUAAAACGGGGCCAAUUCCUACCUCACAGGGCUGUUGUGAGGAUUAAUGAAUGAGCUAUGAAUGUGCCUAGAGUAGUGACAGCUCAAGAGGAGGCAUUUAAUAAAUGUUUUUUUGCAUAUAAA